CUCAGUGAGGCUGAUGCCGUGCAGCAAGCAGUAGGUAAUGAGUCUUUGUGCAGAGUGAAGCUCUUGUCGCUGAACAAUAAAGCAUAUGGUACCAGCAAUAAAACACAGGGCUGGGAAAUUUAAGAAGAUUCCGCUGAACCAGGAAGAACUGUGCCUUCGGUGGUGCUGACACAUUAUAAAAUGAUAAUCAAUUUAUUUUGGAUUCUAAUGAAUAAAGAGUGCAAGGACUAAGACUACGGCUAUUUGAACAGGUACAUGUGACAGCGCUGCAGCUAUGAGUGGAAUUUUAAAGAGGAAGUUUGAAGAAGUUGAUGGCUCCUCACCCUGCUCAUCUGUGCGGGAAUCAGAUGAUGAAGUUUCCAGCAGUGAAAGUGCUGACAGUGGGGACAGUGUCAAUCCAUCCACUUCUAAUCAUUUCACUCCUUCCUCCAUUCUCAAAAGGGAGAAGCGGCUGAGGACAAAGAAUGUGCAUUUCAGCUGUGUCACCGUGUACUACUUCACCCGGAGGCAAGGCUUCACGAGCGUGCCCAGUCAGGGGGGCAGCACGCUGGGCAUGUCCAGCCGCCACAACAGCGUGCGCCAGUACACGCUGGGCGAGUUCGCCAGGGAGCAGGAGCGGCUGCACCGCGAGAUGCUGAGAGAGCACCUCAGGGAGGAAAAGCUCAACUCGCUAAAACUGAAGAUGACUAAGAAUGGCACAGUAGAAUCUGAAGAAGCCAGCACUCUUACAGUGGAUGACAUUUCUGAUGAUGACAUUGAUUUAGACAACACAGAGGUGGACGAGUACUUCUUCCUCCAACCCCUGCCAACAAAAAAACGGAGAGCACUGCUGCGAGCCUCUGGAGUGAAGAAGAUUGAUGUAGAAGAAAAGCACGAGCUGCGAGCCAUCCGCCUCUCGCGAGAGGACUGUGGCUGUGACUGCCGAGUGUUCUGUGAUCCAGAAACAUGUACCUGCAGCCUGGCAGGCAUUAAGUGUCAGGUGGAUCGUAUGUCUUUCCCGUGUGGCUGCACUAAAGAAGGAUGUAGCAACACAGCAGGUAGAAUUGAAUUUAAUCCUAUCCGUGUCCGGACUCACUUUUUGCACACGAUAAUGAAACUUGAACUGGAGAAAAACCGAGAGCAGCAAAUCCCCACGCUGAACGGCUGCCACAGUGAGAUAACUGCUCACAGUAGUUCCAUGGGCCCUGUCGCUCACUCCGUAGAGUAUUCUAUUGCAGACAACUUCGAGAUUGAAACUGAACCGCAGGCUGCAGUGCUGCACCUGCAGUCUGCUGAGGAAUUAGAUUGCCAAGGAGAGGAGGAGGAAGAGGAGGAGGAUGGGAGCAGCUUUUGCAGCGGAGUCACCGAUUCUAGCACGCAAAGCUUGGCACCUAGUGAGUCAGACGAGGAGGAGGAGGAGGAAGAGGAGGAAGAAGAGGAGGAGGAGGACGAGGAUGACAAAGGAGAUAGCUUCGUGGAAGGUUUGGGCACCCAUGCCGAAGUUGUCCCUCUUCCUUCGGUCCUUUGUUAUUCUGAUGGCACCGCUAUUCAUGAAAGCCAUGCAAAAAAUGCUUCUUUUUAUGCCAACUCUUCAACUCUAUAUUACCAAAUAGAUAGCCACAUUCCAGGAACUGCUAACCAGAUCUCUGAGAACUAUGCUGAAAGAGAUACUGUCAAAAACGGUACCCUUUCGCUGGUGCCUUACACCAUGACCCCAGAGCAAUUUGUUGACUAUGCCCGACAAGCAGAAGAGGCCUACGGUGCCUCCCACUACCCAACUGCCAACCCCUCUGUAAUCGUUUGCUGCUCCUCUUCUGAAAAUGACAGCGCUGUGCCCUGCAAUAGCUUAUAUCCCGAACACAGGUCCACUCAUCCUCAAGUGGAAUUUCACUCAUACUUGAAAGGCCCCUCCCAGGAAGGGUUUGUCUCUGCAUUGAAUGGUGACAGUCACAUUUCAGAACAUCCUGCUGAGAAUUCUCUGAGCCUUGCAGAAAAGAGCAGAUUGCACGAAGAGUGCAUCACAUCACCCGUGGUCGAGACCGUCCCUGUCUAGCAGAUUAAAUUAUCCUAGGACCAAGUCUUCUCCUAGGGAAGGCACUGUAUUUAACUGGGUUUCCUGGGCUCAUCGUUGUUUAAACUGCAGACUGAGAAAACCUGGACUGUGGUUAAUCUCCCACACUGCAUUUUGUUUUCUCCUUUCUAGCUACGUGACUGUGGCAUUGCACAAAUAUAGUCUCGAUAGGGAUUUUAAAAAAUUUCAGACUGUUUUGAUAGAAAAUGCUAAAUUUUAAAAAUUCAUGUCUCACAGUUGCCUAUCUGUCAAACUGUGUGAAAUCUGCCAACCUGUGUAAAUCAGAGCUCCAAGUUUUGGAUUAUCGGGCCUGUGCAAGAUUAUUAACUAAGAUUGGGAAAUAGUAAGGUUUAGAGUCCUAAUUUUCGAUAUCUGAAGAUGAUGGGGACUUUUUAAUGUAAAAGUAAUUACUGUAAGAAAAAGA